AUGGAGCUCCUCCAGUUUGGUAUCCAAGAAGAGAUAAAAGCUAGCAUGGGCUACUCUCAAAAAUGCAGGAAAGAAUACUCCACGAUCGAAUACAAAUGUAAGUAUCCACAAUGUCAAGCUAAAUUCAAAGUCCGGAUAAUAGAUCAAGAUAAAUAUGAACUACUAAUCCACUCUGACUCUCAUGAUCAUUCUGCACCUCCGAAAUCAACAAAAACAAUAUCCUCAUUAUUUGUCAGAAAUUAUCUUAAACAUUACUUUGAAAACAAUAUGAAUCAUGCUACAGCUCAACUUAAGUGUUUCCAAGACUUAAAUAUUUCAUAUACAGACGAAGAGUUACUUUCAAUAUUUGCACAAGGUCCAGAUGCAUUACGUAAAUUUGCUCAAAGAGCUGAAAUUGUUUCCAAACGCUUUAGUUCGGAUGAAAAAGUUUCUUUAGCUAUCUUUGUCGAAUCUGUUCAAGAAAGUUGUCCAGAAGAUUUAAUUGAAUUUAUCUCUGAGCCGGGAAAACUAGUUUUUUUAUAUGCACCUUUCGAAGCGAAGGCCCUUGGUCACCAAAUUUCUACGUUUCACAUCGAUUCAACGUAUAAACUUCUAAGGGCUAACAUUCCAUUAUAUGCACUCACAGGAAAAACAGAACAUACUAUUGUUUUUCCUUUUUUGUAUUUCUUUAUUUCUCCUGACACAAGCGAAAAUAUUCAAUAUUGUGUUUGUCGUUAUUUUCAAUAUAUUAAUAGAGAACCCGAGAUGAUAAGUAUGGACUGCGCCCCACAAAUAGCCGAGGCAAUUGAGCGAGGUAUUCCAAACUGUCAUAUUCUUUGGUGUGGCGUGCAUGUCCUUCGCGCCAUAUUAAGAAAAGCGGAUAAGUUUAAAUCACGAGACAAUUUUGAAGAAUUUUAUAAUCUAAUGAAAUUAUUAGUAUUCGAUACUAAAGAAGAAUCUCCCGAGGAAGAACAGAACCAAGAAGAAGAAAAUCCUAGAGAGGAACCAGCUCAAUCUCACUUACUUCAAGCAGAAGAAAUUGAAGAAGAGGAACAAUAUGAAGAAGAAUUCAUCGAAAAUGAAUUUCAACCUUCUCAAAUCUUUUUACCACGAGAAUCUUCUGAUGAUCCAAACGAUUCUGAAUUUAUUCCAGAAGAAGAAACGUUUGAAACAAGUGAAGAAGUUCCAGAGCACCUCACUCAAGAAGAAGCUGCAGACCUAGAUGCAGUUUAUGAUCGAAUUCUUGAAAUUCUUUCCACUGAACCGAAAGCCCAAAAGUACUUCGAUAGGCAAUGGAGGCAUCAUUUAGAUCGUUGGAAUAAGCGCUAUCGCAACGGAGGUGACGCGACUAAUAACGUCAGUGAGUCACAUUUCAAAGUUCUCAAGCAUUCUUAUUUCCCAGAGAGAAGGAAUAUUCGAUUAGACGAUUUUGUUGUUGAAUUAUACACAACGGUUGUUCCAGCAUUAUUGAUUAAAUUUAAAGUUCAAUUAAUCAAUAGUGAUAAAGUUGUUCGUAUAUUACGAAAAGCUAAUGACCAUGAACAAAUAUUGGAAAACAAAAAAGUCGAAUGUUUGAAAAUGCUUGAAGCAAUAUAUUCAAGUUUGCAACAAGGAUCAAUAGAUUCAAAUCUUGUUUAUUGUACUUUAAAGGUACUUUUAAAAAAGAAACAAUUAAUGUAA